CCGAGAUUCCUUUCCUUUUUGCCCUCCGAGUCGUACACAUGGUGCAGCCUGAACUGGACGGGGCCCUAGCCUUGCACAAGACCUCGUGCCACUGCCGUGCCCUGCAUACGAGCAUCGAGAGCCCGCCGCUUAGGUCCUGACUCGGCUGUACCUUCGCGAAGCGACGUUCGACCCUUGACUGUGGAGUGCGUCGAUUGGCAGUGGCAGUAUGGGGAGCGGAGCGCUCUGGGGGCGCCGAAGAACGAACGCCCAGCGAGGGUCAAGGUAUCUAUCUCCGAAGAGAAAGAUAAGUACUGUAUAUAUUUACAUUGAUUCGGGAAGUCAAGUCUCAACUCAACCACUGCAAGCACAGAAGGACAUUUCGCCUGACCAGUGACCAUCAUAUCCCCAUCAUCCAUCUUAUCCAUCUUCUAUUCCCUUGCAUUUCCCUUACCUGCACACUGCACCAGAAGAAAGACCCUCAAUCUCGGCCAAAAUGAAUUCCAAAACCUUCGUUUCCGACCACUACGACUACCCCGUGCAAGAGCAAGGGCCCCCUCGCUUGUCCUUGAAAGGCGAAGCAGCUCAACCACGCAUCCACUUCGACCCCAAGAAACACCUGCGCUUCCAGCUUCCGGAAAAGACGUACACGCUCGAAGACCUCAAAUACAACGUCAAGCAAUCAGUAGGCAAGGUGGCAGCAACAGACCCCUUCCCCUUGUUCACACCCGAAGCGGUCGUCGAGAUGCGGCGGGAACUGCUGGCCGAGCGCACAAUCAAGAACUGCAUGACCUACACUCGCCCCGGAUCAGUCCAAGUCCGCGGCGCAUGUCCCCAAUACGCACCCUUUGUGUACGAAGCCUGGACACACCCCGAGACCAUCAAGGCCGUCUCGGCCGUCGUUGGAUUGCCCGUCAAGAUCAACAUGGCCCAAGAGAUCGGACACACCAACAUCCAAUUGGGCCCUGAUGGUCUUGAAGGCCUCAAGAAAUUGACUCCGGAGCCCCUUGUGCCCAGCAAUCCGGCUGCUGCGGAUGUCGAAGAGGAAGACAUCAAGGAAGAUAAAGAUACCGAUGUCAUCGAGUGGCAUAACGACAUGUAUCCUUGGUCCCUUGUUGUGUCGUUGUCUUUGCCGCAGGGUAAGGGUGGUGAGACUGCUUGUUUGUGUGGUGAUGGGUCGAUUAUCAAGGCUCCCAAGCCGGAUGUGGGCUACGGUGUCCUUCUCCACGGAAGUGUCGUUCUACACAAGGCCGUGCGGGCCGUCGGCGCCGAAGAACGCAUCACCAUGGUUUGUUCCUGGUGGCCCGCCGACCCGCUGUUGCACGACAACUCCAAGAUCGCAAACACGCGCGACGUCUCGUUCAAGCCGGAAAUGUACUACCAGUGGGCGACGUAUCGUCUUGAGAACAUUGCUGCCAGAUGUUUGGCAAAGGCGAAGGAGUACCGCGAGAAGCAUGAGUCGAAGGAAAAUUACUCGGAUGCCGUGGUCGAUCCUCAGGAGUUUGCGGAGUGGGCAAAGGAGCAGAUAGCUUACUUUGAGAGGACUUAUGACCACAUGAAAUAGAGAACAGUAUAGAGAAAUUGUCAUGCUGUUCAUGUCUGAGGUUGCAUUAGUUAGGUCUGUGUCAGGGAUGCAGUGGUGAUGGUGAUGGUGAUGCUGGCGGUUGGCGAAUGUGGGUAUGUCGUUAUGUGCUGCUUAGAUUUAGGACCAUUCUGUAUCUUGAAAAAUAAAUCAUUUACUUCG